AUGUCUUUGUUGGAGGAUGAAAUUAUUGACAUAGAAAUGCCAUCAUCAUCAGACAAUGAUCUUUCAAAAUCAUUCGAGCCAACACCUAUAGACAAGGCUAUUUGUAAUCCACCAAAGACUACUUCGAAUACAACAGUUACUAAAAUAUCAUCACCAUCAUCAUCAACAUCAAGAGUAAAUAAACAUUAUCAACCAAAAUUUAAAAAAGAAUGGUUGUCUAAUUCGUUUUUUGCCACAUUUUUACGUGAAUACAAAGCCGAUCAAACAAAAACUUUAUGUAUUACUUGUAAUAUACAAUUUUCUAUCCAAAACAGUGGACUUGGAGAUAUCAAUCAUCAUAUUCAAACAGAAAAACAUCAAGAUCAAAAUAGAAUUGAUGUCGCAUACAAUGUAACAACAACUGAACUUAAUAAAUUGUGUGCUGUCGAAGGUGCCAUGGUGUUUUAUACUGUCAAGCAUUCCCAUAGUUAUAUUUUACACGCUUGUACAAUCAAUAUAAUAAAAAAAUGUUUUCCUUAUUCAUCUACAGCAAAAAAUAUUACUUGUGAUAAAACUAAAGCUCGUGAAAUAGCGUGUAAUGUACUUGCACCAUCAUUAACUAGUUAUAUUGUUAAUGAAAUACGAAAUGUUUCAUUUUUUCAAUUUGUUAUGAUGCUUCGAAUAAAGGAAAUGUCAAAAUGGUUCCAAUUGUGGUACAAUUCUUUUCCAAAACUGGUGUAA